CACCCGUGCAGACACCCACAGUGCAGCGGAGUUCCACCAAGAAAGCCUACCCCAGCCUCCAUACCGAGGCCCUUCUGUGCACUUGCUCCAGCUGCAGGCCUAAGAUGCCAGCUAUCCAGCUGCUGCUGCUGGCCUGCUUGGCGUGGGGAGCAGGGGCCAGGGCAGCCCAGCUCCGCAAAGCCAAUGAUCGGAGUGGCCGGUGCCAGUACACCUUCACUGUGGCCAGCCCCAGUGAAUCCAGUUGCCCUGAGCAGGACCAAGCCAUGGCAGCCAUCCAGGGCCUAGAGAGAGACAGUAGCACCCAGCGGGCAGAGCUGGAGUCUACCAAAGCCCGGCUCAGCUCCCUGGAGAGCCUCCUGCACCGGCUGAACUUGGACCAGGCUGCUGGGUCCCAGGAGACCCAGGAGGGGCCACAGAGGGACCUGGGUGCCCUGAGAAGGGACCGGGACCAGCUGCAGACCCAAGUGAGGGAGCUGGAAGUGGCCUACAGCAACCUCCUUCGGGACAAAUUGGCACUGGAGGAAGAGAAGAGGCGACUGGGGCAGGAGAACACAGACCUGGCCAGAAGGCUGGAAAGUAGCAGCCAGGAGGCAGAGCAACUGCGAAGGGGCCAGUGUCUGCAGGUCCGGGUCCCCCCUGAGGAGAUGCUGCCAGGCUCCAGGGAAGUUUCUCAGUGGAAUUUGGACACGAUGGCCUUCCAGGAAUUGAAGUCAGAGUUAACUGAAGUUCCUGCCUCUGGAAUCUUGAAGGAGAGCCCAUCCAACCAUUCCAGGACUGUGGAGGGAGACAGUGGAUGUGGACAGCUAGUUUGGGUAGGACAGCCUGUCACCCUGAGGACUGCUGAAACACUCACUGGCAAGUAUGGAGUGUGGAUGAGAGACCCCAAGCCCGUGCACCCCUACACCCGGGAGACCACAUGGAGAAUCGACACGGUUGGCGUAGACAUCCGCCAGGUCUUUGAGUACAACCUUGUCAGUGACUUCAUGCAGGGCUAUCCUUCAAAGGUCCACGUGCUGCCGCGGCCACUGGAAAGCACUGGCGCCGUGGUGUACGCGGGGAGCCUCUAUUUCCAGGGUGCUGAGUCCAGAACCGUGAUUAGGUAUCAGCUGAAUACGGAGGCUGUGAAGACUAUGAAGGAAAUCCCUGGAGCUGGCUACCAUGGACAGUUCCCAUACUCUUGGGGUGGCUACACAGACAUUGACUUGGCUGUAGAUGAGACUGGCCUCUGGGUCAUUUACAGCACUGAGGAGGCCAAAGGCGCCAUUGUCCUCUCCCAGCUGAACCCAGAGAAUCUGGAACUUGAACGAACCUGGGAGACUAACAUCCGUAAGCAGUCAGUGGCCAAUGCCUUUGUCAUCUGUGGCACCUUGUACACCAUCAGCAGCUACUCCUCAGCCGAUGCCACUGUCAACUUUGCCUACAACACAGGCACAGGGAGCAGCAGGAGCCUGACAAUCCCAUUCAGGAACCACUACAAAUACACUAGCAUGGUUGACUACAACCCCUCAGAGAGGAAGCUGUUUGCUUGGGACAACUUCAACAUGGUCACCUAUGACAUCAAGCUCUCCAAGCAGUGAGGAGUCUCCAGGCCUUACCAGCAAAGGCAAGAGGAGAUGACGCCCAGGGUCCUGGAGCGGAGCAGCCUGAAGGGAGAGUUGGCCAGCCAGGCCCAACUGACUGCUUUCCAGCUUUCAUUAAUCUAAGAGGCUGCAUGGCCACUUUCUGACUACACAAGACAACAGUCAGUAAGCUUAGACAAUCUCGUAUUAUCAUACUCUUUUCUUCUACCACCUUGUAAAAGACUAUUUACCCAAAAUAGUUCAAGUUUUCUGGCAACUCGGGACCUAGUAAUUGCUUUAUUAAAUCCUUGCUCUUUCCUUCUGUGUGUUUCCUGUAAGCCAUGAUCAAAAGCAGCACUUCUAAAGGAAGAGGAAAAGCUCUCACCGCCAUGAUCGAACAUGUGUGUGAGGUGUAUUUGUUGCAAUUGGCUGUAUGAUCCAGAUGCAACUCAGCUGGGCAUUAUAUAACCCUUAGCCCUAUGAAAUAAAAUGA